UUUACUGGCACAUUGAUGAAAAUGAAAUCUUAAAAAAGGAAGAAAAAAUUGAGAGCCCAUGUGUGUCGAUUUAUAAUAAAAUACUAUGAAAAUAAUUUUGUUCCAGAAAAAACAAGACGCGCUCAAAGAGGAGAAAAUUAAUCACAUUUACGAGUCACCACCCGAAAAUGUGAAUCAUUGGAUCACGUGACUUAUGCUGCUCUGAAGCACGAAUGGUUACAAACUACAUGCUCUGCUACAACCCAUCGUUGAAGGUCUGUGUCUGAACUACGGUAUACAGAAUGGGUCAAACUCGUUCUAGCUUCUUACACUCCCCAUCCACGCCGAGCAAAGCGAAAUGGAAACCAAGCGAGACAGCCAAACAACUCCAUAUCCGCAGAUUUAGGAGUAAGAAGCCUGGGGGUGACCGGUUCAACAGGACUUCGGAGAAAAAUAAGGUGUUGCCGUGCUUUGAGAGGAAGAACCAAUCAACAUGUCAAUCUGCGCUGAGUCUAAUCGGAGUUUCGGAAACACGUCUUGAUUACGGACAAGAAAAGUUCAGAAGAGGCCACUUAGAGAGUGAAUUCCUGAAAACCCCGGUCGGAGGUAGCCCAGCUGGAAUAAAUCAUGGACAGAUAAGGAAUCUUAACAUUGACAAGGUGAACCGGGGAGCGGCGAACUCGUCAUCCGAUGCGUCGAGUUUGGAUAGACGGGCCAGUGGACUCAACAGUACCGGCUUCGUGGCCAAGCCGAACGGCGGCCAAGGAACGACUGCAGGAGAGGACCAUGCCUGGGAUUCCUCAACAAGGACAAUGGAAAACGAGACUAUCGGAGAAAGUUGUCAGGGUGGAGUUAAUUCCGAGGUCGAGGAGUUGUCACGGGCUGUAGGCUCUGUACUGUUGCGCACCUCUGGCCAAGACGUCAGAUCUUUUGCUUCGCUGAACUCAACCUUAUCCACAGAGAAUGAGAAGCAUAUAGGAUGUACAGAAAUGACCAAAUCUACUACUGUUUCGUCUCUGCCUAGUGUCGACAGGCCGUCCUACCAAAAUAACUUUUCAGUUGAUUCCGCCAAUCAAAAGGACACAUCGACCACCAAGGUACAUAGUCCAGUGUGUAGCCAAAGUUUCCCCGGUACAAUCCCGAAGCUUAUCAUAACCAGUGACUCGAGUCCAAGUGGGUUACAGGAAACGCUGGAUCACCAGAACAGGGGGUCGUGCGUAGACCUUCACCCAGAUGACGAAUCGCCCUGCUCGGACAGUGGCUGCGGAGGCUCCCCCGCGCUGAUGCGCUUUCCCCGAAAGCUUUCCAGCUCGUCCUCAGCCGGCCUGUCAUCCGCCUCAUCGUUUGACGAAUCUGAGGAUGACUUCACUGGUAGCGACAUCGAAUCCAGCCUCUCCCCGGCCAGAUGCUACUCGCGCAGUCCGGACGAGGGCACAGGGAACAAGCCUUGGCAGAAGGUAAAGACCAUGGUCCACUGGACACCUUUUGUGGUGUCAUUCAAGAAGAAAUACCCCUGGGUGCAGCUCGCUGGCCAUGCAGGUAACUUCCAGGCCGGGGAGUAUGGCCGCCUGCUGAAGCGCCACAGUGAGUGUGAGCAGCAGUGUCUGGAGAAGCUGAUGCAGGACACCCUGCGGCCCCACGUGCCCGGCUACCACGGUGUGGUGCAGAAGGACGGGCAGGACUACAACCUGAUGGACGACCUCCUGGCUGACUUCGAUUCGCCCUCCAUCAUGGACUGCAAGAUGGGCAGCAGGACAUACCUGGAGGAGGAGCUCAGGAAGGCUCAGGAGAGGCCACGCCUACGGAGGGACAUGUACGACAAGAUGGUGGCCGUGGACCCAGCGGCCCCAACCGAGCAGGAGAAGGCCCAGCAGGGGAUCCUCAAACCCAGAUACAUGCAGUGGAGGGAGACCCUCAGCUCCACCGCCACCAUGGGGUUCCGCAUCGAGGGCAUCAAGAGAGCAGACGGAACGUGCAACACCAACUUCAAGAAGACAAAACAGCGAGAGCAGGUGAAGCAGGCGCUGGGGGACUUUGUGGACGGAAACAGAGAGAUCCUGAAACUCUACCUGCAGCGUUUGGAGGAACUACGCUCCGUGUUGGAGAAAUCACCGUUUUUCAGGACACACGAGGUGGUGGGCAGUUCCCUAUUGUUUGUGCACGACGCUUCAGGACAGGCCCGCGUGUGGAUGAUUGACUUUGGGAAGACGGUUCCCCUGCCUGCCCCCCUCACCCUCGACCACCGGAGCCCCUGGGUGGAGGGAAACCGAGAGGACGGAUACUUGUGGGGCCUUGACAACCUCAUAGACAUCCUCAGCACCAUGCAGCCCUCUGCCUCUGAGCCCUGAGAGGGGGAGGCGGCAGGAGCGAGGGGGUUGGGGAUCAGUAGAGAAGGAGAACAUUGUAGAACAUAGGCAAAGUGGAGGGGUUGCCACAGAUGGACGUCAGUGGGACUGGUGGUAAACCGCCCUGCCUGAGGGGAAGAGAGAGAGAAGAUAAGCACACUGCAGAUCUUCGGAUGAUGACGCUACUCCUUUUCAGCCUUUCCAGGAGAGAGAGAGACAGACGGAGAGAUCUUAGCCACACACAGGCAGUGUCUCAUCUCAUUAACUAUGUUGAUUAUCAUUGCCACAAACACAAAUGCAGAACGACUCUCGCCCCUUCUCUCCCUCUGCUGGCUGAAUGGAGACAUAUACAACACUUCCUUUUGAAGUGACCUUCGAACCUUUGAAGAGCAAUGGAGAGAAUUCUAUUUUUGCGAUGGACCAUUGAUUAUUUUGUAUUUUCCUACUCAGUGUACUAGCAUACACCAACACUAAUACUCCAGGCAGACCUGUAUGUUUGAAUUGACCCACAGCUUUUCUAUGUACAUAGAUGUAUUUAAUUUGUUUGCCUUCAAAUAGCCUUUUUACUGUAUACAUUUCUGUGCCUAGGUUUGAGUAUUUGAGAAUGUUGUUUUUCCAACAGCAGGUUUGCUGAUAGGAUAGUCAACAAAAGAUCAAAUGUUUUUUCCAACUAAAUGAAAACCAAUUUUCUCUUGGUAAAUGGUCGAGAAAAUACAGAAAAUGCAUUCCUUUUAUAUUGGGUCCAUGACUCUGGCCAUGACCGGACUGCAGUGUAUUGCACUAUGAUUGUCGCAAAAAGCCAUUGAACAAAGCAAGCUCUGUAUGUGUGUGUCCUGGGCUCAUGGUUAGUAAUUGUUUUUAUUUAAUUAAGGUUGAUUCAGCUUAGACAUUCAGUUACAUGCAUCUAUUUUUGGUGCCUAAACUGACUGGCAUGUUCGGCUGUCUGUGUUACAAAACUGGAACAGGUUCAUAUUUUAAGCUUAAUGAUGAGUCUUACUGGAUGAAUAAUUGAUUUGAAGGGAGUUUUCUUUGUGUUCAUGUUUUUUUUUAUUUUUAUGGGAGAAAACUGUCUGUUAGACAACUGUGGACAAGCAAUUGAAUUCACAAUCGACACAAAGAACUGGGUUGGACCGAGGUGAGUGGAAGCCAUGGUAUUGUGUCAGAGCUUAUCUGUUUCCAAUUUUUUGGUCAUUCAGAUAACAUUCCAGUCCUAGUCUUCCUGUACCAUGUUCUUCCACAGUGUCAGACAGCUUUGUGUGUGUACACACCUGUUCGGUAGUCCUCUUUUUGAAAGAAAUGUGUUCAAUGUGGUGCAUUUGUCAGCAUUGGCAUCUUAGAGCUGGAAUAUUAUCUCUGGACCUACACCAUGAAAGUUAAUUUUCUGGAAUGAUUUUCUGUUUACAGGUUAAGUAUUAUAUGUCUUUCUAUGUGUCCUGAUCUUUAUCAUACCAUCUGACUGUUUUCAUACUGUUUGUGUGGUCUGGCUGGGAACUGGCCAGUGUGUGUCAGGGUCAUGGGGUGCAGAGGUAUUUUUGUAGCUUUUAUAACCCCUGUGUUGCAUCUCAGAAUUCUGUGGACUGUCUGGGAAGAGAACACAAUGUGCUGGUGGGGGCGACUGCGUCUCUGUCUAGGACACCAUUGAUUGCAAUAAACUGGAAUUAAGAUCUUA